CAAAGAGGGACCCGAGCGGCGCUUCCGGGAGCCCAGCGGCUGGGGCCGGGACCGGCGGCCUCGGGCUCCAAGCGACACUUGAGGCUCGGACGUGCGGCCGCAGGCGCCGGUCCCCGCGAGCCCAGAUGCCCAUGCAGCCCGCAGGCAAAGAGGCAGAGGACAUGGAGGCCGAGGGCGACUCUGCGGCGGAGAUGAACGGCGAGGAGGAGGAGAGUGAGGAGGAGCGCAGCGCUGGCAGCCAGACGGAAUCGGAGGAGAGCAGCUCAGAGAUGGACGACGAAGACUAUGAAAGGCGCCGCAGUGAGUGCGUCAACGAGAUGCUGGACCUGGAGAAGCAGUUCUCGGAGCUGAAGGAGAAGCUGUUCAGGGAGCGGCUGAGUCAGCUGCGGCUGCGCCUGGAGGAAGUGGGGGCCGAGAAGGCACCCGAAUACACAGAGCCCCUCGGGGGGCUGCAGCGGAGCCUGAAGAUCCGCAUUCAGGUGGCAGGGAUCUACAAGGGCUUCUGCCUGGACGUGAUCAGGAACAAGUACGAGUGUGAGCUGCAGGGAGCCAAGCAGCACCUGGAGAGCGAGAAGCUGCUGCUGUAUGACACGCUGCACGGCGAGCUGCAGGAGCGCAUCCAGCGGCUGGAGGAGGACCGCCAGAGCCUGGCCCUGAGCUCCGAGCGGUGGGAUGAAAGACUGCACGCCCGAGGUGGCUCUAAGACGUGGGACUCUCUGCCGCCCAGCAAGCGGAAGAAGGCACCCCUCGUGUCCGGCCCGUACAUCGUGUACAUGCUGCAGGAGAUUGACAUCCUGGAGGACUGGGCGGCCAUCAAAAAGGCUAGAGCAGCUGUGUCCCCACAGAAGAGGAAACCAGAGGGACCCUGACCUUGCUGUCCCCGGUGAACGGGUUCCUCAGAGCAGCUGGCACCAAGCUCAGAGUGGGCAUCUUCCUGCUGCAGAAAGGCAGAUGAACAGCGGGUCACCCUGCUUGCAGACUUCCCAGAACACGUGCCCGGGCCUCCUCCACCCUCCUCGUCCCUCAAGGGUGGCCCAGAGCUGUCUGGACUGUCUCCUCCAUCCACCACCAGUCCUCCAGACCCCCUCAUCCGGCCAGCCACCUCCACACACCCACCCCUCCCCCCACCCCAAACAAAGACGACUUGCAGCCGUGUCUACAGCCAGAGCCGCAGCCUUGCUGCUAACCCGGAGACCUGUCUGCGUGGGAGCUCUGAGCCAGAGAUGGGCUGGGGCCCCUGGCUGUCAUGGGAAGCAAGACGCAGGCUCCCUAGGCCUCCUCAGAUUGUGGGAGUCAGCCUUCCAGCCUGGGGGGGGGUAGGAAUAAACCUCUCCUGGACUCUGUCA